GUAAUACAUACUGUGACAAAUCGCCGUGGCGGCUGGUUUGGCAUCAAUUUUGCGUGUUGAGGCUGGCCUGACCGCAGUCCUUUUCCGCGGCUGUGCGCGCUCCCGCGGAAGACGAGCAGGUUGUCGGUGCGUGAUCAUUAUUUAGCAAGGCACCCGGCUGCAGCAUCCGGUGCACCGACUCCCAUUCAUCGCAAACCCCAACUUGCCUGCUCGUCGUGAAAAAAUGCCCUCACCGAGGACCAUCACCAUCGUAGCCCUCUCCUUCGCCCUCGGCUUGUUCUUCGUCUUCAUGGGGACCAUUAAGCUGACGCCGAGGCUCAGCAAAGACGCGUAUAGCGAGAUGAAACGGGCAUACAAGAGCUAUGCCAAAGCUUUACCAGGCCUGAAAAAGAUCGGCGUGACUUCUGUGCUGCUCCGCAAGAUCAUCGGCUCCCUGGAGGUGUCCUGCGGUGUGGUCUUGACCUUGGUUCCGGGCCGGCCCAAAGACGUGGCCAACUUCAUGCUCCUGCUGGUCAUGCUAGCCGUGCUGUUCUUCCACCAGCUUGUCGGCGACCCUCUCAAGCGUUACGCCCAUGCUCUGGUCUUCGGCAUCUUGCUCACCUGCCGGUUGCUCAUUGCCCGGCAGAGCGAUGAGCGGCCAGAGAGGGAGGAGAGCAGGGAGGAGCAGCAGCCGCAACAUCAGCAGCAUGUCAAUGACCAGGAAAAGAACAAGGUCAAGCAGUCUUAAAAGCAUUUUUUGUCUCACAACUCCCCAGGUACAGUGAAGGAGUCAUUGAUAUUUUUAACAUACAUAACUUGGAACUGGUGAUUACUCAUCACCUCGACAUGACUGUGGACCAUCAUCCCUAUGAACAUGAGCUCAUGUCAUUGUCUUGUCCCAUUCCAAAAUUAGCAGACAGUCCAGUGUUCCCCAAUACAUUGUGGAUUUUUUUACAUGGUACCUUGAUUUAAGAGCACCCCAACUUGUAAAUUGUUCACUGGCCGCCGUUUUCAAAGCAGAGUUCCCCAUAUUUCCGGUCAUUUCUCAGCAUUAGGACUGAUUUUUCAAGACCGCAUAAUAUGUUCUGUGACAACGUAAGUGACCGUCCUACUGAAAGAAACAAUACACUUUGCCUUCUCACUUGGCUAAAUGUUAAUUUCUAGCUUUUUAAAAUCUGCAGUAGAACAUGGCUUGGUUUCACCAAAAACAUUGGUUUUCAACCAAAAAGUGGACAAAAUUGACAUUUUGUUCAAUUAGAUAUGUCAAACGGACAGUGACCUUGACCUUGUCAUAUUUUAUUUGUGACAACUCACAAUCACACACAAAGACUGAGGAAGGGUGUUUGAUGGCUGGCCAAAUAAUUUAUUUACACAUGUAAAACUAUCAACAUAGCAAGGACAAAAAUGACAAAUUGCAGAGUCUGGUAGGAAUAGCUACUUCAACAAUACACCAAAAAUUUGGACCUCAAGGGAUAAUUUGCAGUUUUCAGACUGCUAGCAAGAUUUUAGUCUAGCUUUAACUCUGCUCCCUCGAGUCUGUUUUAUUAUUAUUAUUUUUGGCUCAAGUCAAACUUCAGUAGCUUUUUUACAUUCUGAUUGCCAUUUACUGAACCGCACCGUCUUUUUUCACAAUCGUGGGAUGUAACAAUACCCAAAUGUCACAAUAUGAUAUUAUCACGAUAUAACCCCACAAUGUUGCGGGGGAAGUUGCUGAUAUAAAAAGCAUGUUUCUUUCUGUGGUCAUUUCAGACCAUGAAAGGAUUCUCCUCAAUAAACAUCAAAUCAUUCAUGACAUCUCCACACCAUUCGAUGCAGAAUUCAAGGUAUAUCUUUAGAAGUAAACAUAAACCGUAGGUUAUUAUUAACACCCCCGCCCCGUGCCCUUUGUAAUAUUCACAGAACUGUGCAUGUUCCGAAAUGUAAAUGAGACAGAGCAGCCUAAUUCUCCCAUUACAACACUAUAUUUGAUUUAUUGUCGGUUACAAAUGGAAUUUUGUGAGUUCUAUGUGUUGGUUCUUUGUAAGAGGAGUAUUGCAUUGGGUCUUUUUUUUAUGUAUCUAAAAUGCCCAAAUAAAGAUGCAGAUUUUU